AUGAUUGAAGCGAAAAUAGAACCCACGAUCUAUGGAAGAAACCAUGGCAUCGAUUAUCUAUUUAGAAAAGACCUUCACAAUAAUGACGGAAUUGAAGGCAAAAUAAAAACCAUUUAUGAAGAUUUCCAUGUGCACGAAAUAACGAAAGAUAAUGAAAUAUUGAGGUUGGAACAAUUAAUACAUAAAAAAAAAAUUAAUGAAAUUAUUGAGCAGAAUGAAAAGAAUGAAAAAGAUAAAUUGCUCCUAAGUAUUACUAAUAAAGAACUACAUCUUCAUGUACUAGCCAAAUAUGUAAACGAAUAUAAUAUAAGAACAUUUAAACAAUUUAUGAGCAUUCUGUAUGACAUUUAUCAAUUAAAAGAGAAUGAUCAAACAGAUGAGAUGCAGAUAGGGAAAACAGUUGAACGGUUGAAAAACGUUUCCGUUCCUUAUUGCCUUUUUAUAAAUUUGGACGAUCUACCAAUUCAGGAUAAGUCCCAUUUUGAUGAAAAUGGAGAUGCUAUCUGUAAUGAAGAAUCUAUGGGUAGCGAUUCCCAUUGUGGAGAAUCUGCUUUUAGUGAACCUAACUCCCCAGAGGAUCCAAAAGACAGAAAUAAAAACGCUCGAAAAAACAUUCACAAGAUAAUACAUCAGUAUUACCCGUUUCUCCUGACAGAGACAAUAAAUGUUCCGAAAAAUCAAAGUGUGUUAUCGCAUGGAAAUAUACUACAAAACAAUUCUUCCAAUAAUUAUAAUUGUGAAAACAUAGUAGAAGAAAACAAAACAGAUGACAAAAUAAGUGUUCUACAAAUAUACCCAUCUUUUAAUUGUUUAAAAUCUAUUUUACCACGUGGAAUAUUUAACAAAUUAAAAGGAAAGACCAAAAAAUCUCGGUUCAGUGAAAACGACCUAUUAGAAAAUAUUAUCUGUCAAAAAUUGGACAAAAUCGAUAAGAAAAAAGAAAUUACAAUGUUUCCUAAACGGUUGAAGCUGUCUGAUGGUGAAGAAGUCGUUGCUCCUGACAUUUUUGAUGCAAAAGAAGACGACCUAUUCGAAAAUAAAAAAAGAAAGUUUGAAAGCGAGACAUUGUCAAAGAUUUGUUGUGAAAAAUCACUAAAAAUGUUUAACAUUCAUGGAGAGAAUAAAAGAGCACGAACAGAAGUAAGAGAAAUAUCUAAUGAUAAAAAUAUUUAUGAAGUGCACUCAUACAUCAAUAUAAAUAGUAAGUUGGAGGAGGAAAAAAAUCCAAAAGAAACCAUACAAAGGACAUGUAAUGAAAAAAAUGCUUCAAGCAGCAUAUGUGUUGCCAAAACAGAUGGUAGAAAUAAUAAUGAUCAGGAAGGUAUCGGCUGUCACAAAGGUGGUCUAAACGAAUUACCCAAUAAAGUACAAAUUCAUAGCAGAGUAGAAGGCAUUUUCUUGGAUAAACUAAAUAAUUUUCGAAAGAAUAAAAAAGAACAAAAAAAAGAAAAAAAAUACCUCCAUUUCAAUCUUUACAAAGAAAAUAAAGAUAUAUACGAAAUAUUAAGUAAAAUAAAAUUUAAUUUAAAAAAAAAAAACGCAGACAUAUCUUACUGUGGAAUUAAAGACAAAAGAGGAAUAACAGUACAGAAAUUCUGUAUUCAUAAGAUAAAGAAAUAUGACUUGUUUAGGAUAAUAAAAAAUGACAGUGAUACAGGUGGCUCGAGCUGGUGUAAUAAUGUAUAUAUAUCAAAUUUAUGCUAUGAAAAAAAUAAAUUGUCAUUAGGAGAUUUAAAGGGAAACUUUUUUAAAAUUCUAAUUAGGGGCGUAGAUAACAGUGCAGAAAAAAAAUUUCAAGUAUUAUCAGAUAGUUUUAGCAAAUUAGGGUUUGUAAAUUAUUACGGAUAUCAACGAUUUGGCAGUAAAAAUAUAAAAAAUUACGAUAUUGGUAUUUGUAUAUUAAAAAAGAAUUACAAAGAAGCCCUUUUUUAUGUCAUCGAAAAUUCAGGACUGGAUAGAAACAAGAAGGAUCGACUUAUUGCAUACUUGAACGAAAUAGAUGAAAAAAAAGAUGCAAUAAAUGGGAAUGAAGAUGACGAAAAUCAUCUUCUGAAUUCUUUUGAUGAUGAGACAGGAACACAGAAUAAAGGGAUAGACAAGAAAAAUGAUCAACAAUUAUCAGAAAAAAUAUAUACAUCCAAUAAAAAUGGAAACCAAGUCGAAAGCAAUAAUAACAUCCCACUACACCUACCAUACGAAGCAGUGAAUACAUUUUCUAAGAAAAAUAAUAAAAAAAAAAAAAAAUUUAUGCACUGCAGUAAUAAAAAAGUAGUACACAACGUUCUUCCAAGUGAAAUAAACGAAAUUAUAAACUCCAUUUCAAAUCAAUCACAUGUAGAAAAAACAAUAUUGUGUUCUUUAAAAAACGAUAAAAGUUUUAAAAAUGCAUUUAUGAAUAUACCAAAAAAUAUUUUUUCUCUUUUUAUACAUUCAACCCAAAGUUUAAUUUUUAACAUCCUUACGAGUAUUCGAAUGAAGAAAUACGGAUUGAAUGUAGUAGUAGGAGAUUUAAUCGAAUCGAAUUGCAAUAAUGAAAUUACCCUUACUAAUGAAAGUUCGAAUGAUGAACAUCAAUCCGAUCUAUCAUCAGGUAAUGAAAAUUUAUGGGAAAAAAAUAUAAUUAAGGUGACUAAUGAAAAUAUAUCUUUAUAUAAUAUUUAUGACGUCGUUUUGCCACUACCAGGUGAUAAAAAUUUUAUUUUUCCUCCAAACCUAAUGGAUGAAUAUAAAAACGUGCUCAAUAGCAUGCAGUUAACAUUAGAUGACUUUAAAUCUGAAAAAAAUUUCUUCAAUGCUUCCGGGGGAUAUCGAAAGAUUGUGGUUAAACCAUAUGAUUUCAAGUCCUUUUUUAUAAAAAGCGAUGAUGUGUAUGUAAACAGGAUUCCACUAAUUAGGAGUGAUUUGUGCAGACUCAUGGACGGAGAGAAAGGUGCGACAGAAUGUGAUCCGCAAAACGGGGAAGAGAAAAUAGGUGAUGAGAAAGUGGAUGAUAAAAAAAUGGAUGGUGAGAAAAUAAACGAGACUGAGGAAAUGAAGGAACACAUAAUUUUCGUGCCAAAUGAUGACUACCAUGAGUAUUUAAUUAAGGAAAUCCCCAAGUAUCAAACGAAAGCAUCCAUUUUUUUGAUUUGCUCUUUGCCGAAAUCGUCCUAUAUCACAGUGGCACUUAUGGAGGUCCUGAAAAGUUAG